AAGGACAAGUUGUUUUGAAUUGCGGUUUUUUCAAAAAUCACACUUAAUCCGGAAGACAUGACACAUACACCGACCCUCUUCGAGUCAGAUUUUCGUGCAAGGUAGGCCGCAGUCUACAUCGGCGAACUCAACAUACACUCCCUCGGCGAAGCGCUCAGCCCGACAGUGCGGUGCUGCGAUCAGCACGCGCAUCGACUCUGCACAGCGUCGCGCAUCGACACGAGCGAGCAUAAGGGCACUUGCACUUCCUCGUUUACGCUUCCAGCAUAAGGGUACUUCCUUCUUUACGUGGUUCACACAGGAGCCCAGCAUGCCAGUAGACCCCGUCACCGCGGGCGCCAUUGGCGGUGCGUACAUCGUAGGAAGGUGGGCAACCAAUACAGCCGUGCACGAAUUGCGGGGGGACACGGCCCAUCAACAAGGCGACUUGGAGAACCGCAUGCGAGUGAUGGAAAACAAGGUGGAGGACGGCAAUAUGAAGGUGGAAGAUAUGCAAGAAAAAGAAUACUGUGAGUGCAGGUCUGGCUGUGUCUCUGUGAUGCAGAAAAUCCAAAUUGAAAACACAGCUUUACACUUGUCAUGCCAAUCGGGCAGGAAAACCUCUUUACGUAGCUAGGUCUUUUCACAUAAAAGUGAGUGAUGCAUUACUCUUUUUCUCUCCAGUCAAUGUAAUAGAGCAAAUGCACUCAACCCAAGGCCAAGUAGAAGAAGCUGAUAGUGAUACUUACACUCACAAAACUUUUUUUCUGUAUAAAGAACUGCACUGCGCGAGUGAAACAAAACGAAGAGUCGGCUGCAGAAAACAAACGCGACCAGGAACGAGAAAUGGAAGAGCUGCGCAAGAAGCUCGACGAGGAGAUCGCAGCGCGGGAGCGAGAAACCGCAGCGCGGGAGCGAGAAACCGCAGAGCGGGAGAAGCUGCAAGGCCAGAUGACUAAAAUGGCCGAGAAGAUGAAUGCAAUGGAGGGAACACAAAAAAGGUAGCAAAGUACAGAGCUUCACAUUCGUCCCGAGAUCGAAGGGAAGACGGACUAGCUUUGCAAAAAGAUGAAACUAGCAUUAAAAAACGCAGAAACUCCUCAUCAUCAGUUGAAGCAGUCACGCCACAAGAUAUUUCAGUUUCCAAACGUAUACGUAUACGUAAUUACCAUGUUGACCCACCGAAGCCGAUUUAUAAUUUUGGCUAAACCGAAGGGGAGACCCGCGUCGCUUUGUGACAGUAAUAGCGCCCCUUGGCGGCAGGAAUUCCCAUCUUUUCAUCUUCUUUCCUCCGUUGCCCUAACUUUGCCUCCUUGUUCAUACGUUUUCCCCUCAAUGCCCGCCCCUCUGGCCGCCCUCUUCUUCGACGCCGACUGGUCUUUGUACACUCUUUCCUUCCUCCCUCGCCCCUAGGAAAAAUACAAUCGCAGCCAGGACAAAUACUUUGUAGCUUUACUAAGUAGAAGUCAAAGAUAGCGGCGUAAUUAUUAUUGACUAAGACCUAGGACUAGGACUACCCGUACCCACUAAAAAGACAGCUAUAUUUUUACAUGAAUGACGUAAGUCCAAGUCGUGUAUUGAUAUCUAUGUUGUAUUCAUGCCGGCGUGGGCCCGGCACCAGCCGCUGUCUGAAAAAGGGGAAUCGCACGAAAUAGUUGAAGCCUCAGUCUUGCUAUGCGGCGUUCGGAGAGUCCAUAUUUAUUCAUGCACAAGAUCAUCUUUUGGUUCUGACUCUGAGCAAGGAUGAACACUUUGGGAGCAUGAUGAGCACUCGUUUCCUGUAUAAAUAAUUAUGAAAGUGAUUAUGCUUGUCAGAGUCAGUCGGACUCUUUUUGUAGCAGUUUAGUGCUUCCUUUCGGGCUGUGAGCGAAUCUUUUUCCAAAGCGACAAUUAUCUGGAGCGCAACAGCAACCUGCAAGAAGCGAAGAUUCGCACACAAGAGGCCGAGCUCCGGUGUCAAACAAGGCGAUAUCCUAACACAGUUCAGCUAGAGAUAUGAAGAUGUCGAUGCAUCUGCGAACACUCGCUGCGCGACCACGACGGACGAUGCAUCGCCACAGUUCAAAAGAAUUUAUAUAUACACACGCGGAUUAGUAAACGUGAAACUCACGACUUUUCGGCCAAUCAAAGACGAAAGCGAGAAUGCAUGAUUGUCAUGCAUAUUACUUUGCAAAUGCAAAGCCAAAGGCACAAGGAGGCACGAAGAAGAAGAAGGCAAAACAUGUGAAUGUGUAGAUGAACAAGUACAAGUAUAACUAUAAAUUUUCGCUGUAUAAUAAGGAUGAUGUGGGCUUUCAUCAGUCAUGCGCGUGGACUAAAAAAGUAGGACACGACAACCUGCAUUUCGAUCAGUCAGGCAGUACAUGUCAUGCAAUAUGCUAUAGCUACUUGGUUUAAGGCAAACGCGCUUCUUUUCAGUAUCGCUUCAUCAAUCUCAAGAACGACUUCGCUAGGAUAUCUAACAAGACCUGCAAGAAGAAGACUUGAACCACGUGCACAAAAAAGUGGACAAGCAAGGCAUACGUCUUGUGAAAGCCGAAAAAGCGUUGAAAAAAGUCCGCGGAGAGAACUUGGUACUUUUUUCGACUUGAUGUAUGAUUAUACUCAUAUUCUAUAUAUUUAUAAUACUCAGAUGAAGAGCAUUUGUUUUGCAAGAGAAAGUGGAGGCCCAUGCUUUUAUUCGGACCGGCGAUCGAGGUUCAGAUCAUGAUGAAUAUGAAUAAAAUAUAAAAACCUUCUAUUCAGCUGCGGGAAAAAACUGAUAUGCGGGCAGCGUAUCCGCUCAACAUGCAGGGCUUUCUGACCAACACGACAUUGUUCACUGGAGACAUGGAAAGUAAAAUCCUGGCAGCAUUAGACCUGGACAUUGACAAGAGUGCCGUAUCCCGAAAAAUACUAUCCGACGCUGUCACCAACGUAUUUGAAUAUUUUUUCAGUGGAGAUAAAGAAUUUCACUUCACUUCAAAUAGACUCGAGAAAAAAGAUAUAUUGACAGCCACCCCUCCCUAGUUGAGGAAACCUACCUACCUACCUACCUACCUAUGCGUAACACUCACUUCAAGCUGGAUUGUCUUUUCACAGAUGCACUACCUGCUCAUCAGCAUCGAAAACACAGGUUACGAAGGCACAGACAGCGAGGGCCAUUUGCAAGGCGUUAGCCCCCCGGCGAGAACUCCCGCGAGGUGUGCAGUCGUGCGUCGAAUGCAAGGUGUGGGGUACGCAGUCUGAUUUAAUGGGGCGAUGUAUGUGCUGGGAAUCGGAAUACAGGUCUGCGACAUGGAUGCUUCUCAAUUUUUCCAAUUCGUCAAGAAAAUGGCAGACGCAGAGCAAAUAAAGCUGUCGAUCUCUACUUACAUAAGGGUAAGAGUAAGAGAGACCACGAAGAGUAGAGACACGAUUUCGAUUGCUCCUACUUCUAGGCAAAAUAAGAAUUGCAUUAGAACAAAAGAGAGGAAUCCUUCUUCUUCGUU